AUGUCAGAUUAUAGCGAAAGCGAGAGCUACCAGUCAGACAGCAGCUCAGAUAGCACUUCUAGUGUCGAUGAUAUUCAGUCUCAAGAAAAUCUCGAUAGCUUGCUCUCAAAAGCGAGGACAAAUCUUUCAUCCGGAAAUGCAGACAAUUUGGAACUCAACGAGGACGUUGUGAGGUUUGAUAGCCUAGACGAUGACGAUGAGAAGCCAAUACCACGCUUGACGAGUAAAUACAACCUCGAUACGCUACCAGCGUUGAAGCCAUCUCAGAGGAGAUCUCAGAAGGCCAAGGAGAAUGCUCCAAAGAGUAGACAGUUGGAGUUGUCUGCUAUUGAACAUCAGACGAGAGAUGCUUUGGAUAAUGCAGCUGCUGCUAUGUCUAGUCGACCAGCCCAUGAUGCGGGUAUCAGACCGUCUAGAAAGCAGAUGAAGGAGGCACGGGAGGCUACAACCGGCAAAGACUGGUUCGACUUGCCUGCACCACCGGCAGCUCUACUGCCAGAGUGGAAGCGCGAAGCAGAAGCCCUGCAAUUGCGCAACUCACUCGAUCCUAAGCGAUUCUACAAGGGUGGUAGCAAACUGAAGCUACCAAAGCACUUUGCGAUUGGUAGAAUCCUCCCUGGUAGGAACGCUGGAGACUCACUCGCGGAGGGUGCAGAGGACAGCAAGGCGAGACGACAAGCGAGAGGAUUCGUCAACGAGCUCCUCGACGACAAGACAAGCCAGAGGUACUCGAAACGUAAAUACAGUGAAUUGCAAGCAGAGCGUGGACAGGAAUACGGUCAGAAGAAGAAGGCCAAGGAGACGCUCAAGAAGAUGGAGAGGAAGAGGCGCUAG